CCUCUCCUGGGUGUCCUAGUCCAAGACAUUAGCCUCCCAUCUGCCUGCACUGCCUAGCUCUCAGCUCUCUCCAGUUCCUCACCAUGAAGAUCCAGUUUGCCCCUACUGACCUGCCCCUAACCAGGAGACUGCAGAUGGCCUCAGUGCUGCAGUGGGUCUUCUCUUUUCUGGGCCUCGCUCCAUGCUGCAUCAUGAUGUUCUUUGUGUUGAUGUUCACGCGGUUCUGGCUGAUCAGCGUGCUGUAUGCCAUUUGGUUUUUCCUCGACUGGGAAACGCCGUCUAAGGGGGGCCGCAGGUUCCACUUCCUGUGCCACCUACGUGUCUGGGACUACAUGAGGGACUACUUCCCUGUCAAGCUGGUGAAGACAGCAGACUUGGACCCCGGGAAGAACUACAUCCUUGGUUUCCAUCCCCAUGGGGUGCUGGUGGCUGGAGCCUUCAUUAACUUCUGUACGUACGCUACAGGCUUCAGGAAACUGUUCCCUGGCCUUGACAGCUUCCUGCUGAUGCUGCCUCUCUGGUUCAGAGCCCCCUUCUUCAGAGACUACAUCAUGAUGGCAGGUCUGAUUCCCUCGGACAAGGAGAGUGCCAGCUAUCUGUUACGUCGACAGGGAGGUGGGAAUGCCGUUGUCAUAGCAGUGGGAGGAGCCCCCGAGGCCCUGGACGCACGCCCUGGCGCUUUCACCAUUCUCUUGGCCAAUAAGAAAGGUUUCGUCAAACUGGCAAUGGAACAUGGUGCUCAUCUGGUGCCAGUCUUCUCCUUUGGAGAGAACGAGCUGUUUGACCAGGUGGAGAACCCUCGAGGCACCUGGCUCCGCUGGAUUCAGGACAAGCUGCAGAGCAUCAUGGGUAUCUCUCUGCCCCUCUUCCAUGCGCGGGGCGUCUUCCAGUACAGCUUUGGUAUCAUGCCCUACAGGAAGCCCAUCAACACUGUGGUGGGACAGCCGAUCAGAGUGGAGAAGAAUGAGAAGCCCACAGUGGAGGAGCUGGACACCCUCCAUCAGCUCUACACAGAAGAACUCAGCCAGCUGUUUGAGGAGCACAAGGGCAAGUACGGAGUGCCAGAGGACCAACACCUCAGCUUCGUCUGAGCAGGGAGAGAGAGAGAGAGAGAGAGAGAGAGAGAGGUGUUGAGAGAGAGAGAGAGAGAGAGAGAGAGAGAGAGGUGUUGAGAGAGAGAGAGAGAGAGAGCACUUUUGGAGUUGCACCACAAAAUCCUCUCACUUGACUUUCCUCAAACAUAAAAACCUUUAAUGCCAUAACCAACUAAAGGACCAAACUACAGAAGACAAGCAACACGAUGAAUUGAUAUGAACAUUCUUAGCCAAGAUAUGGACAAAUCUUUCCCUUCAUGCAAACCACUGUAUUGAGUAUGUGCCUAUCCCACACGUAUUUACUUAUUUCCCAUCUUCAGAAAAAUGUAAUCUACUGGACUGUACUGUGCUCUAUUUGUUCUUGUUUGGUGGCUGAGCUCAUUAGAAUAAUAGCCAGUGUGUAGAAUAAUACC